GUACGAGUGACGUACUCGUGUACGUAAGUUAAUAUUUUAAUAAAAAACAAGAUAAAAUUUUCGCUUCGACUUAUCAUAACUGAUUGCUGGCUCGGUGAGCAUUGAGCACCAUGUGGCUGUUGGUUAUAGUACCAGUUCUACUGAUACUUAUAUCGAUAGAACUUUACUAUCGAUUCGGAAGAACUGGGAGACUUAUUAGGAAGAUACCUGGACCGAAGCCAUGGCCUUUAGUUGGAAAUAUGCUCAAUUACUUUCGAACACCAGAGAAACUGUUUAUUUAUCAGCGCGAUAUAAAUAAACAGUAUGGACAUAUUAAUCAGAUACAUUUCCCAUUAAGUAUACGCAUGGUGAAUAUAAGCAAUCCAGACGAUGUUGAGAAAGUAUUGUCUGGAUCUGAAAACAAUUAUAAAGAACAUCCAUAUAUUUACCUUAUAUACUGGCUUCGGGAGGGGCUGUUAGUCAGUAAUGGCAUAAAAUGGUUUCAAAGAAGAAAAAUGCUAACAAAAGCAUUCCAUUUUAACAUUCUACAAAAGUAUUUCGUUACGUUUAAAGAGGAAGCAGAAUAUUUUCAGAAUAUUGUGCAGGAAGAGGUUUGGAAGCAAAGAACGGAUUUAUAUCCAUUAAUGAGUUCUACGACGUUACGUAUCAUGUGUGAAACGGCAAUGGGGUCGACACAUGGAGAUAUGGAAUCGUUAACGAGCAAAUAUUUAACAUCGUUGGCAGACGUCGGUGAUUGUUUCACGCGAAGAUUAAGUGCACCAUGGUUGCAUUCAGAGUCUAUGUACCAGCUUACUGGCCUUGCAAAAAAACAAAAUAUUGCUUUAAAAUAUUUACACGGUUUAACUAAUAGUGUUGUAAGAAGUAGAAGAAGCUUUUUGGCUGAAAGUAGCUUCAACCAAUUCGAUAAUGAUGCCGAAUACGAUACUAAAGAGAAGUUAGCAAUGUUGGAUUUGCUUCUAAAAAAUGAAAAGUCUGGUCUCAUUGACCACGAGGGCAUUAGAGAAGAAGUAGACACAUUUAUGUUCGCGGGUCACGACACAACCGCCACAGCUAUGACUUUCAUGCUAAUGAUGUUAGCCAAUGAACCAGAAAUACAGGAUAAAAUUUUUGCGGAGAUUCGUCAAAUUCUAGGUGAAUCUGAUAGAGCGGUGACAACAGAGGAUUUGAACCAAAUGAAAUAUCUAGAAUGCUGUAUCAAGGAAUCGUUGAGGCUGUACCCGAGCGCACCUCUAAUCGCUAGACACUUGAGAAAAGAAACAGUAUUAGGGGGAUAUACAGUACCUGCGAAUACCACUUGCUUAAUCUUCAUAUACGAUUUGCACCGCCGCGCUGAUUUGUACCCGGAUCCCGAGCGUUUCAUUCCUGAAAGAUUUCUUCCGGAGAACAGUGUUAAGAGACAUCCGUUUGCCUAUAUACCCUUCAGCGCUGGACCCCGGAAUUGUAUAGGCCAGAAGUUUGCUAUGAUGGAGAUGAAGACAGUAAUGUGUGCAUUACUCAGGAAGUUUCGCCUGGAACCAGUGACCAAACCUUCUGAUCUCGUUUUCAAAACUGAUCUUGUAUUACGCACCACGCAUCCGAUAUACGUUAAAUUUUGUGCGAGAUAAAUUGAAAAUAUAAAACAAACUAGUUAAAAUAAAUAUCUAUUGAAAUUUUUUCUGGUACUAUAUUUUGCUUUGUAAAUUAUUAAAUUAAGAAAAACUAAUAUAAUUCAUAGGUCUUUUAACAUUUUUCUUACAGCUCUAUUUUCUUAAAAACUGCAACUUAAUAAAUAGAUUACUUAUUACUUAUACGAUGGUUUUUAAAUGGCGUCUAAACUAAAUAAGAAUAUAGGCAGAAGAGUCGUAUUAUGCGUUUUAAAAAUCAUAUCUAUGACGGUUAA